AUGGAUAAAGCCAGACUCGAGUUCGGAGCAACCAUCCAUAAGCAAUCUCGCACGUACACAGCUACAUGCGAGGAGUACCGACGGCGAUACAAGAUCGAGCCGCCACCAGGAUUUGAGGAGUGGUACCAAUAUGCAUCUGCUCAUCAGUCGCCGAUAAUUGACGAUUACGAUGCUAUAUACAACAGUAUACUACCGAUGUUGAAGUUGAGUGGCAAAGAGAUCAACGAAAACAUUAAAAACGCGCACAACCUGCCGGGAAACGACCUUUGGACGUUCAAUCAUCUCGAUGAGCCAAGAGUGAUAUACCCACCACCAGACAACAUCCACAGCAGUCUAAGCAUAAAGGACCAGUCCAGACAACCAACAUGGGACACUGUAUCAGCUCCCUGCCUUUACCAUACCAAUAGAACCCAGACUCAAGACCAACAACCACCAUCCCAAGCCCCCAACCUCCCAUUCAUCACCGGUCCAACACAAGCAAAAAACCUCUGCCUCCACCCGGAAUACAGCACAAUGCACGGCAUCUUCCUCAGCCCAACCUCCUUCCGACCCAUAACCGGUCUCCUCCCGAUCCUCUCCCCGGGCUCCCUCUCCACCAUGACCGACAUCCUCUACCCCAGCCCGGCCUACCUACAACCCGACUUCCAAUACACCCCCGAAAAGGAUAUCUCCUGGUCCCAGAAGCAAAACACGUUGUACUGGGCCGGCUCUACCACCGGCGCCUUCGCCACAAACAACCCCAAGAAUAACUGGCACAACUUCCACCGCCAACGCUUCGUGAACCUACUCACAAACCCUUCAGACCACCACCACACCUAUACCUACCUUCACCAAAACAAACAUAAGAAAGAAAAAGACACAAACAAAGACAUUCCAAUAACAACCCACAAAUCCACCUUCCUCAACACCCGCCUCUACACCAUCUCAUUCACCCGCAUCUUCAACUGCGAUGCCAACCCCUGCCGCGCCCAACGUCGCUACUUCCACCCGCACUCCUGGGCCGACAAAGACCAGGGCCUACAAUCGCGCUUGGUAUUCGAUCUCGAUGGGAAUGGAAUCAGCGGGAGGUUCUAUAGCCUCCUGGCGUCGAAUUCUGCGCCUAUGAAGCAGACGUUGUUCAGGGAGUGGCAUGAUGAGAGGCUGUGGCCGUGGGUGCAUUAUAUCCCUGCGAGUUUGGGGAUGGAGGAGAUGCCGGAGGUGGUGAGGUAUUUUACGUCGAGUGAAGAGGGGAGGAAGAGGGCGGGGGAGAUUGCGAGGAGUGGGAAGGAGUGGUUUGGGAGGGCGUUUCGAGAGGUGGAUUUGGGGGUUUGGGUUUGGAGGGUGUUGUUGGAGGUGGGGAGGGUUGGGGAUGAGGGGAGGCCUGCUUUUUUAGUGAUUGAUGAGGAGAGUGAGGAGGGAGUGUAA